AUGAGUGCUGGACCAUUAGUGGUAGAAAUAAUAUGUACAUGUUUGUUAGCAGCGAUAGUUUUACAUCGAUAUGGUGAUUUACGAAAACAACAUGUCCUUGUUACAUUAACUACCUUUAUAGCAUGGUAUUUCUCUUUUAUGAUCAUCUUUAUUUUACCGAUGGAUGUUUCAUCUACAUUUUAUCGUCAAUGUUUACAAGAUAAUUUACCAAUACCACCAACUACUGAACAAACAGCUAAUAUAACAACAACUAGUUUAUAUCAGUCUAAUAAUGAUACACCAGAUAUAACUAUUUAUAAACCACAUUUACUUUGUCAACAACCAUUAAGUUAUGUACCAGAUUAUGUUUUACCUGCUUUAUGGAGAGUGGUAUAUUGGACAUCACAGGUUUUAACAUGGUUGGUGUUACCAAUGAUGCAGUCUUACUCAAGUGCUGGUGAUUUUACUGUUAGUGGUAAAAUAAAGUCAGCUUUAAUAGAAAAUGCUAUAUUUUAUGGAACGUACUUAUUGAUAUUUGGUAUUUGUUUAAUUUAUGUUGCUGCCAGACCUGAUUUAGAUGUUGAUGGAGAAAAAUUGAAAGUAAUUGGUGUAACUGCUAGUAAUACAUGGGGAUUAUUUGUAUUAGUCUUAAUGUUGGGUUAUGGAUUAGUAGAAGUUCCUAGGGCUUUCUGGAAUAGUUCCAAACGAGGUUAUACCCUAUCAAGUACUCAUUUUAAAAUAGCUAAAUUAAGUACAGAGAAAACAGAAGCUGAAGAGGGUCUUGAAGAUGUUUUAGAGGAAACAAAAAGAUUAGCAGAAAAAAUCAGAUAUAAUCAUCCUUUACGUAAAAAUAUGGAUACCAUUUUGGCAAAGUGUCCAGAAUCUCUACGGAACACAAUUCAGAAUAAGAAUGAUGAUUUUGAAGAUUAUGAGACCACAUCUCAAGAAGUGAUUUCACCUAAAAAUAUGGUGAAACUUCACAAGAGAUUAAUACGUUGUGUACAGUUAGAAUGUCGAACUAAAAUACAGUGGAAUAUGUUGAUGGAGAGAGCUUUUGAUGUUGAAGACACUAUGAAUAAUGAGACUAAUCCUGAAUGUGUUUAUCGUUCAUCUUAUCCUCGAGAUAUUAACCAUUAUAUAAGAUUGGUAUAUACUCCUAAAAUUGAAUGGUAUUGGAAAUGUAAAAUAAGAGCAUGGUUUAUGAUGGUACUAUCUGUUAUAUUAAUGGUAUUAAGUUUUAUGGUUGUAUGGUCCGAAUGUUUAUUUUUUAUUAAAGAUCCUAUCUUAUCUAUAUUUGCUGUAUUUAUUGAUUCAGCUCAGAGAAAUUAUGAUUAUGUUUAUAUUGAGUUUGCAUCAAUAUUGACAAUAUCUUAUAUUUGUUUCUGUGCAUAUUAUAGUGUAUUUCAAAUCAAGAUAUUUAACUAUUAUUAUAUAGCACCCCAUCAUCAAACUAAUGAAUAUAGUAUUAUAUUUACUGGCAUUUUACAUUCGAUGAUACACAGAGUCUGGCUAUUGUCAUUAACUGCACUGAGUCUUAGAUCAGUUAAAAUCACCAAAAUCCAUACUCUAAUAAUGGGACAUAUGGAUGUGAUCUCUAUAAUAUCAGAUGGUUUUAAUAUUUAUUUCCCUAUAUUGAUAGUAUUAUUAUGUAUAUGUACCUACUUUAGUCUGGGUAGUCGAUGUUUGAGUUUUCUUGGAUUUCAACAAUUUAUUGGAGAUGAUGAGAUGACACAAGAAUUAAUGGAUGAAGGAAGGGAACUUGUUAAAAGAGAACGUAGAAGAUUAGAUCGUAAAGCUGAUAGUGAUGCUCGCAGAAAAACUUGGAAUGAGAAAUUUACACAUAGAGAUAGUUCAUCUAGAUUUAAAGAUAUACCUAGUGGAACCACAGAAUCACGUCGUAUGUACACAGUUCCUAGAAGUCCUGAUGACAAUGACAGAACAGAGUUAUUACGCCAAGCUGAACCAAUAGAUUAUACAGAUAAUGAUACUAUACAAGAUACCAGUUACCAACAGUCCAAUGCCACUACCAGAUAUAACAGAUCUCAACCACCCAGAUCAACACCACCACGUGGAAUCUUUGAUGAUGUAUGAAUAAAACUUCCUUAGUAACCAGAUCAACAAUACCAAGUGGUAUCUUUGAUGAUGUAUGAAUAUAACUUCCUUAGUAACCAGAUCAACAAUACCAAGUGGUAUCUUUGAUGAUGUAUAAAUAAAACUUCCUCAGUGACCAGAUCAACAAUACCAUGUGGUAUCUUGAUGAUGUAUGAAUAUAACUUCCUUAGUUACCAGAUCAACACCAUCACAUGGCAUCUUUGAUGAAGUAUAGAUGUAACUUCCCUAGUUACCACAAUACCCCAUGGUAUCUUUGAUGAUGUAUAAAUAAAACUUCCUUAGUAACCAAAUCAACAAUACCAUGUGGUAUCUUAGAACCAAAUUUGACAUUACCAGGAUAGCUAGUGAAAGUAUAAAUGAACCGAGAUUAGUAUAAUGCAAUAUGUUUAUAAACAUGUACAAAGUACAUUUGAGGAAUUUGUAAUAUGACAGUAGUGUAAUAUGAAUGAGACUCAUUCAAUGAGUUAUAGUAUAAAUGUAAUUUGGAUAGCAUAAUUUUUUUUAUUAAACCUAACUGUAAAUCGUACUAAUAUUUUGUAAUGGUAUCAAUUACUGCUUGUAGAAUAGUUUAUUAUUACUCAUUGUGGUAUAUUUAUAAAGCAGGGUUAAUACAAAUAGAUAUUAAGAGGGUAACUAAAUAUUUGUGUAUAGAUCUGAUUUAACACUACAAGCUAUCUGUAACACUUUUCAGAGCCAAAAUCUUCUAUAAAAAAAACGAAAAUAAAAUCAAGAAAAUAUCAAAGACUGUACCACUUU